AUGUCGUGGACUAUGAUAAAAAUAAAUCGUUGGAAAGAUAAAAUGGAAAAAAGAUUUAGAUAUGCUGCAAGAAUUUAUUUUGAAAGGCAUAAUAGGGAAAAUUAUUUGGGUUUAUCAUUAUUAGCAUUUACCGUUGUCAGUCGGGAAGCUUUAGAAGCUUUCAUAUUUGUUGCGGGGAUCGGAUUUCAUGAUCCACCUUCGGGACUUCCAAUACCAGCGGUACUUGGAUUAACUUUGGGUAUAUUAUCAGGUUAUUUAAUUUAUAAAGGAUCGAAUAAUAUAUCAUUAAAAUUAUUUUUCAUGAUAGCUUGCACGUUAUUAUUUUUUAUUGGUGCCGGAUUUUUUUCGAAUUCUAUAUAUCAAUUUCAAACUUCUUUAAAUUCUAGAGAGGUCAUUUUAUGGAAAUUAAAUUGUUGUGAUCCAAAAAAUAAUGUUGGUUGGGACAUCGCUAAAUCUUUAUUUGGUUGGCAAAAUAAAGCUACUUUAGGUGCCGUUGUUAGUUAUAUUAUAUACUGGUUUAUCGUAAUAGCUGGUAUACUUAUAAUUAACCAUUAUUAUAAUGGCAAAGAAAAUGAAAAUGAAAGCUUUCAAGAACCAAACGAAAGUAAUCAAGGACAAGAACUUCAUAAUCAUCAUCAUGUAGAGGUUACUCAAAUCUAA